AUGAAACCAUCAUCUGCAUUACAUCUACGUAUAAACAAAUCAAGAAAUCUCAGUACUAAAGCUGAUGCCAUAGUGGCCAGAAAACACACAAAUAAUAAAAAUAAACAGGAACAAGCAGCAUUAAAGACAGGUUUGUUUCCCCUUAUUAAAGAUAGAGAGACAAUCAACAGGCGAUUAGAUGGAAAAGUGAUUAAUGGAAAAGAAAGAGAUUAUUUUACUAUACUUACAGAUGAUGAAGAAGCAUCUAUUGUGCGUUUUAUAAAAAAUAAGAACAGAUGUUUACAGGCAAUUAACAAACAGGACAUAACCAAAUUAAUUAUUAAUGUGCUUUGUGUGAGAGAUUACACUAAUACAAAAAUGAAAGGUGGACGGAAGUUUCAAAAGUUAUCAUUAAAUGCUCGAGCUGCUCUAGAAAAGGGAAAAUUGAGUCGAUCAUUUUGGCUUCGUUUUAAUGCUAAACAUAGCAGCCUUACAAUCAAACGCCAAGGGAGUGUCUCUAUAAACCGUGCACUUAAUUGUUCAAGAGAAAUGGCAUGUAAUCAUUUAGAUUCCCUUGCUAAAGAACUAGUAGAUGUUGGUAUUAUGAUAAAUGAAAAAAUGAUUGAAACAGGGGUUUGGAAUGGCACUGUUGAUACAUGCCGAAUAUUUAAUUGUGAUGAAACACCCCAGUUUAUUAAUUAUGGAAUUGAUGGUACCACUUCUGGAUUAUUUUAUGCUGGCAAAGGAGAUGCAUGUCAAAGAAUGUAUAGAGAAAACAGAGAAUGUGUCACAAUUCAACCAUUUGUUUCAUUUUCAGGCGACAUAUGUAUGUGUCAGGUAAUAUUUAAAUGUACUGGUAUUACUAGUUCUAUGGUUCCAACAGAAGCAGUAAAUAAAAUUCCCCAUUUGUUGGUCACAACUACAGAUAAUGGAGUAUCAACCCAUGAAUCUUUCUUGGCAGCAUUGAAAGAGUUUGAUGUCUACUUAAAUGAAAAAAAUGUUAAGCGACCCAUCGUCUUAUUAUCAGAUGGACAUAGCUCUAGACUAGACUUUGAUGUAUUAUCUUUUUUGGAGUCCAAAAGAAUUCAUCUUUUUCUUACUCCACCAGACACAACAGGAGUUACUCAACUUCUUGACCAAGUAAACAAGAACAUUCAUAGUGAGUAUCGUAAGCAAAAAGACUCUAUGUUUUCUGAUAUCUGUUCCUUAAACAAAGAAGCUUUUAUGUUAGUUUUAGCUAAUAUAUGGGACAAGUGGACAACCAAAGAAACGCUUGUAAAAUCUGCUAAAAGGGUUGGUGUUGCCGAAAAUGCAUUGAGUGUUGAUUUUAUGCAAAAAGACAAAUCGAACGAGCAGAAAACUGUAUUGAACCAGAAAAACAGACUUCUCCACUAAUUUCUUCGCCGGAUAAAAGACGUGGUUCAGCAAAUUAUUGGAAAUCAAAAUUUGAACAAGCGAUGGAGUUGAUUGAUGAACUUCAUGAAAAGAGCAUUCAGCUGGAAGAAAUACCUGGUUUUAUGACAACCAAAAAGAUAAAGCCAAAAUUAA